AUGGAUUAUUCCCAGAUGAUCGUCUCGCUGCUCUUCGUGCUCUGCCCGGGGCUGCUGCCGGCAGGUAGGUGCCGGUCCCCAGCCGCUCGCCCCGCGGGGGAGCGGGGGCUGUGUGAGCGGGUGCUGCCGGCUCGCACCGUGGCCCCGUACCGCGCCGCCGGGGAGUCCGAGGGAUGCGGCGGGAGGUGCUGGGACGAGGAGUGCGUCUACUUCUGCCACCUCGACAUCAUCUGGAUCAACACCCCCGAGAAAACUGUCCCGUAUGGUCUUGGAGGUCCUUCUCGAUCCAGAAGAUCGCUGAAGGACGCGGUGCCGGAGAUGCUCGCUGAACCUAGCAGCAGAUGCCGAUGUGCCAACCAGAAGGACAAGAAAUGUCUGAACUUCUGCCAGACAGGAAAAGAUCUCUGGGCUCAGUCCACAGUGGAAAAAACCUUGCGUCACCGCAACAAAGCUGGCAAUUGCAUUGGACCCAAAUGCAUGAACCGACCACGUGUUGACAGCAAGAAAAUGAAGCGGCUGGAAGCCAUUGGUAACAGUAUCAAAGCCUCCUUCAGUAUCGCAAAGCUGAAGGCUGAGCUCCAGAAAGGGUGGAAGCUGAAACACAACAGGGCGAACAAAAGGCAAAGCAUCUGGGAAAGCCUGAAAGCAUCCUAGUGGGAAGAUCACCUGAAUCUUUCUCCAUCACACUUGCUGAAAAAGCAUCACCAAAACUCUCUCUUGACUUCUAACAUUCCACGAUGGCGAAGGGCCUCUCUGUCCAAGUGUUUGCGCAGCAGAGCAAAACACUAAGGAAGUCCUGUAUUUGGAGGUAUAAAAGCAAAGGAUUUCAUCAUUUUGGAAUUCAGGUGGAUGGGUAGAGGGGGUGAAGGGGAAUCUGCAGUAACAUACAUGAAAAGCCAUCUUUCUGAAGAAAUGUUUGAAUAUUGCUUCUGGAAUGUUACCCAUCAAUUGGGCAGCUUUCAGGGCCUGCAUCAAAAGCAUCUUGCAAGAAAGACCUCACAGAUGUGCUUAGGAAGGACAGAAAGCAAGAUCUGAGGGGACAAACUUCAAAGCAAAAAACUCGACCUUUUUGAUUAAAAUGCAAAAAUGAAAGCCACAGUGCUACUUUAAUCAGAACUUACUGCAUAUAUACAUGUCUACCUCGCGUACUGUUUGUUGCACUCCUGCUAGAGUAUUUUUACACCUUGUUAUUGCCUUUGCUAAUCAGCUGCAACCCUUUGCCUUUUUUCAGAAGUCUAGUUUACUUGUACAACCAGAGUUAUCUGAAUGUGGGUUAGACACGGUGGUUGUUUGCAUAGUAAAAGUCCUUUGGGUUUUGGAUACCAAAGGACUCUUCAAUAUAAAAGUUAGACAACACUACUAGGUGUCCCAUAACAAGGAUAUUUGGCUAACUGAAGUUCUAAUAAUAGAGAUUGUUGUGUCUUACAUGCCACCAAAAAUGCACUGAAGUGGGGAUGUACCAGAGGCUGUUGUGAGAUUUAUUCAGUGCCUUGUUUGGUGGAAAUGCAUUGAGACAAAGGGUUGUUUUGAAUUAUGUCAAAAGGCUAAUAUUGGGUGAACAUUUAUAGCAGUGAAUUUGUUCACAUUGUUGAAUUUGCUGACAGUUGAAUCUUAUGUGCUUUUUUUUGUGUUCUGUAUUUAUAUUCACACAAGUUCUUCAUUAUAUUUACCAUGUUGAAUACACAUUGAAGUAGGCCAUAUUGGUCUAUGCAUGUUUUAUGUAUUUCUGUAUGAAAUUGGGAAAUGCUUUAUGCCUAUCAAGGUAAAUAUCUUCAGAAAUAAAUAUUUUUAAUUACUGUA